AUGUUAGGAGAGUCCUCUACAAUAGCUGCCAUGGAAAAUCAGUCAGCACUUGCCGCCCGAGGAGUCCCCCAUCAUUUUGGAGAUAAUCGGUUGAAGAAGAAGAAGAAGCCUUGGUGUGAUCAUUGUCAAAGAACUGGCCACACUAAAGACACAUGCUGGAAAAUACAUGGGAAACCUGCUGAUUGGAAACCUUCAAAAUCCACCAUGGACAGGGAAAGUCGAGGCAAUCAUGUUUCAACUAAAGAGCCAUGGAUAGUUGAUCCGGGCGCUUCAGAGCACAUGACUGGGGAUAAAUCACUAUUUCAUCAUUGCAAUCCAUGUUAUGACGGACUAUCUGUAAAAAUUGUUGAUGGUUCAUUCUCUAAAGUAGCUGGUAUAGGUUUCGUCACUCUGUCAAAAGAUAUAAAGUUAAAAUCUAUCCUACAUGUUCCAAACUUGGAUUGA